CAGAGGCGGUUGCGGGCUGGCGGGGGGGCCCGUGUGCUGGCCAGAGGGGCCGGAUGGCAAGUGCAGGCGCCGAGCCAGCGAGGGAGAUGCCGCCCUUGAAAGUGAAAAUUCAGCAUCGCCCCUUCUGUUUCAGCGUGAAAGGUCACGUGAAGAUGCUGCGGUUGGCACUAACUGCAACAUCUAUGACCUUUUUUAUCCUCGCACAAGCCCCUGAACCAUAUAUUGUUAUCACUGGAUUUGAAGUCACCGUUAUUUUAUUUUUCAUACUUUUAUAUAUGCUCAGACUUGAUCGAUUAAUGAACUGUUUGUUUUGGCCUUUGCUUGAUAUUAUCAACUCAAUGGUAACAGCAGUAUUCAUGAUAAUUGUAUCUGUGUUGGCACUGAUACCAGAAACCACAUUCUUCAUUGUUCUUGGAGGGAUUCUUCUCGUAGCAGCACUGUCUGUCUUCCUGACUGCAGAUGCCCAUGAAUCGUACAUAGCAAUCACAGUUUUGGAAAUCUGCAUAGUUCUCUUCUUUAUUCUAGUCUAUGUGCUAACCCUUCAUCACUUGCUGCUUUGUUUAGACUGGCACUUAUUUGAUCUUAUCAACAGUUUCAUUACAUCUGUCUUCCUUUUAGUAGUUGCUGCUUCGGCAAUAAAAGAACAGCAGAGAAAGCAAUUAUUUUUUACUGGAGGGAUGCUGUGUCUCAUAGCAGCACUCCUGUGUAUCAUCGAUGCAAUUUUGGUCACCAGGGGGAUGAGGAAUAAACUGAAGAAACUCCUGGGAUUCAAAGUCGAAACCCAGCAAGUGCGGGUUGUGAAGGAAAUACCAGAGAAAGGAGCCACCAAGGUCCUCUCCCGAACAGUCAUCACUUCGUCCACCCCGGCUGCACCCACUCAGCCACCCGGCCCGGCCCCAGCACCCACUCAGCCACCGGGCUCAGCACCUACGAAAGCUGUGUCGCGAGCACCCUCACCGACCUCGAUGGCACCGCCACGGGCACCCACGAAAAGCACCAAGAGGCCAUCCACACGGACCUAAGUGUGGGUGCCUCACUGUCCCCAGCACACCCCCAGGAUGUUACCCCCUGAGGGACACCGGUGGUCAUAAAGUCAGAGCUGAGUCACAAGG